AUGGAUUUCAUGAAGAUGUUCAAAAAGAGCUCCGAUACUUCGGCGGAUGCAUCGUUCGAGGAGUACGCGAAUCCAAUCGACCUGCAAUCUUUGGGUCUGGUUGAGGGUCUCGGACCUUCUUUGACGCCUGACUUUGACCGCGUUGGACUGACCAUGCGCCAAUUCGUGGAGAAGUGGAAGACGCUGUAUCCACUAACCGAGAGCGUCGACUCGGUGUUAGAGAAGCUGGCGGAGUUAAAGCAGCUCGUGUGGAGCUUGCCCGAGUGCAUUGGUGAUGGAGGUGACAUAGCGCAGGGGCGCAAGUGGUACAAGCUGUGGAAUGUGGACCCGGUCAACGACGUCAAGAUUUCCGAGCUCUACUGGUGCAACGAUAUCCUGCUCUUCCGCUACCUCCGCAGUUUCAAAUUCAAGGUGCAGCAGGCGUUCACUAUGCUGAGAAAGACGCUUGCGUGGAGGCGUUUCAAGAAAAUUGACUACAUCAACACGGACGAUGUGGCUCUCUCUAACACCGGCGGUAUGGUGUACAGGAAGGGUUACGAUAAGAGCGGUAAGCCCGUCGUGUACUACAGGCCGUGCAAUGAGGUUGACUUCGACCGUGAGAGACAGGUUCUGCUUCUGUUCUUCAUGUUGGAGCUGGCCAUGUAUUCGUGCCUGCUCGCCGAGGGCAACGACAAGGUGGUCCUCAUCGUCGACCUCGCCAAGUGGUCCAUCAGCAAAAUGCCCAGCCUGGAACUGGUCAUCGACACUGUGCGUGCGUCGUCCGACCACUACCCUGGUGUCGUCCACGACAUCAUCAUCAUCGACCCGCCGAUGCUCAUGGACCCGCUCAUGCAAAUGAUCAAGGCGGUCGUGGACCAGCAGACGGCCAAGAAGAUCGUGAUGAAGCACAGGGGAGCAAAGCUUGAGGCUUACCUGAAAAACAAGAUCGACGUGAGCCAGGUUGAGGAGUCCAUGGGCGGGGCCAACAGGACGCACUACGACCACGAUCUAUACUGGCCUGGCGAAACUAAGGCUGCCAUCGAGAUUCACGAGCGCAGGAACGAAUGGAUUAAGGCGAACGAGAAGCAAUGGUUGGAGUCUAAGAAGAAUCAACCUGCCGACACUCCGCUUCAAACUGCCGAUCCAUCUGAGAACGCCACCGAAUAA